AGUCGCUACGCGCUUCCUCCUUCUCUACAUACAACCGGUUGCCUGCAAGUUGCAACUCUAUUUCACAAUAUCCGGCUAUGUCGGCACGUCCGGUCCCAGGUCAUCCCCUUGCUGCCACCUGCAUUGGUAGUCCGUCACCGGGUGUCGCGACAGUUACGUACCGCCACGCCGGUUCCGGCUCAUUGGCGCAGGAAGGGGUACUGCGUAGAAAGUAUUUCGGCUUUCGCGGUUGGGUAAAUCACCAGACAGUGAGGUGAGAAGGUCGGCAGUAGUGUACUUGCUGAGGGCAAGUGCCAUCAAAGGUUACCGGAUUUUUUUUAUUUGUUCGACUACGGAAGGGCUCGGAUGGCACUCGGCAGUACUACGGCGCUCUACACGACAAUGUGUAUGCGCACAUCACGGCGACACCCCACAUAUGUAUCCCGCCAACAUCGACUGCCGCCACCGUCGAGGCUGUCGUGCCUUGUGAUACGCAGCUACGUACCCAAGCAAGUCCGAGGUGGAUUUCACAAUGCCGUGACGGUGCCGCAGGUUGCAGAUUGCAGACAGGGUUCGGUGGAGUUAAGGGGACCGAGAGGAUCUACAACAAUCCGGGGCUUCGGGAUCUGGACGGCCACUUGUUCAGACCUCAAGGAAAGGGAUCAGCAUCCGGCCAACCUACAUAGUACAUCUCAAGGAGCCCAAGGCGGCUCCCCACGGGGCAAUUGCUCGCCGGGGAAUGUGAGUUCGACAGUCAUCAAUCGUUGUUCAGUACAGUAGGAAUCCCUGUCAAUGCAGCUCGUGUGAUUCAGGC